CUCGGGCCGGGCACACGGCCGGCGGCCCGGGAGGAAGCGCCGGGACUUCCUCCGGGGGAGGCCGGCCCGGGGGCGGUGCGCGCCCCGCGGGGAGCGCGGCGAGGCGGCCGCACACGGCGCGGAGGAGGCGAUGCGGGCCGCCUGGGUGCUGCUGCCGGCGCUGGCCGCCCUGUCCGCGUACUACGUGUACCUGCCGCUGCCCGGCGCCGUGUCCGACCCCUGGAAGCUGAUGCUGCUGGAUGCCACCUUCCGGGCGGUGCAGCAGACGUGUCACCUGAUUCACUAUCUGAGACUCAGCCAUCACUUGAUAGUUCUGAAUUAUUUGAUUUGCACCUUUGACAAGCUGAAGUCUGUCUCCUCUGAAGACAUUAAAAUCACAGAUGCAGUUUUUGACGGCGUGGAAGUGAGAGUGUUUGAACCUCCUGCGAAGGGAGAUGAAAGCCUCAAGCGCAGCGUUGUUUACAUCCAUGGAGGGGGCUGGGCCUUGGCUAGUGCAAGAACAAGCCUUUACAACAAUCUCUGCAGAAUUAUGGCUGAAUCUCUGAAUGCUGUUGUUGUCUCUGUUGAAUACAGGCUGGUGCCUGAGGUGUGCUUCCCCGAGCAGUACCACGAUGCUCUUCGUGCAACAAAGCAUUUCCUGCAGCCUGAUGUCUUAGCUGAGUAUUCAGUGGAUCCCAGUCGAAUUGCAAUCUCUGGGGACAGUGCAGGAGGCAAUCUGGCAGCUGCUGUGUGCCAGCAGCUCAGCAAAGACGAGGAUUUGCCCGUCAGGCCCAAACUGCAGGCCUUGAUUUACCCCGUCCUGCAGGCCUUCGACUUCAACACGCCCUCCUACCAGCAGAACAUGCACAUGCCCGUGCUGCCCCGCUCCGUCAUGGUCAACUACUGGAUCGACUACAUCAACGGCAACUACGAGCUGGCGCACGAGCUGCUGGUCAACAACCACACGGCGCUCAACGUGGGGCGCGCGCUGUCCUUCCGCGCGCGCCUCGACUGGACGGCGCUGCUGCCGGCCUCCUUCAAGAAGAGCUACCGGCCGGUGGUGCAGGCCACGGGCAGCGCGGCCAUCGUGGAGCGGCUGCCGGCGCUGCUGGACGUGCGGGCGGUGCCGCUGCUGGCGGACGACGCCACGCUGGCGCGGCAGCCGCGCACCUACGUGCUGACCUGCGAGAACGACGUGCUGCGCGACGACGGCGCCAUGUACGCCGCGCGCCUGGAGCGCGCCGGGGUGCCCGUCACCCUCGACCACUUCCACGACUGCUUCCACGGCUGCAUGAUCUUCACCGUGUGGCCCACGGAUUUCUCGGCCGGCGUGCAGACCAGGAACAGCUACAUCAAGUGGCUGGAUGAGAACCUCUGAAGGGGAGGGCCCGCGCUGAUGCAGUGGGUGUGUGGCGGAAGAGCAAACAAUCAAAAAGUGCACUUUCCUGAAUUCUGACUUCACCGUCUGGCUGCAGCUGCUGGGGGUACAGACCACUGACUGCAGCGUUUUCUGGCUCCAUUGGCCUUGCCCUGUAAAGCAUUUUGAGAAGUAUAUUUCUUUUUUCAAACCAAUCUUUUUUCCACUUUUUCCCAGAUAUUUAUUGUCAAACAUAAACAUGUGUUGAGCAGGGAGAUCAGGAUUCCUGCAGGAUUCUUACCUGGCUGCAACCUUCAAGCUUUGACUCUUAAUUAGGUACAAAGGCCCUGCCCUUCAAGUGAUGUGAGAUAAAUCCUAACACAUACAUCUACUUCUGAAUACAUAAAAAACAUGAGCUAGUUUACAGCAGUGUUGAGCAUCUGAUGUCACAGUGAGAACACUCACCUUGGACAGCAGGGCCAUGCAUUUGAAUGACAAGGACGGAUUUAGGUGUUGGCUUUUUGCCACAGACAAAUGGCUCAUUUAAAUUUUUAAAAAUAUUUUUCACAAAAGCUCUUCUAGACAGUUCAAAUGAUGCUAGAUGAGUCUCUUAGCCAAACCUGUAAUUCAGCUUUGGAAUUUGGUCUUUACCGCCUUUUAAUAAAUAUAUUUUUAAAAGGUGCAGGACUAAAUACAUUUUCAAUAAAAAGUAUGAUAGCAUACACACAAGUAGGUAAGAUAAAAUAUUAUGUGUAGCAGCAGAAUGCAGGUUUCCUGUGUUAGUGACCUUCAAAGCUGACUACUUACUUGGCUAAAGAAUGUGACUUACCUGUGUUGAAAGCCUCAGUUGUACAACCUCCUUACAGAAAAUAUUGACCUUACUACAAAUAGUCUGCUGUGUGGUUUGCACUAAUGUUUGUAAUUAAUAGUAGAAGUUUUUGUUUAUUGACUUUUAUUUUGUGUUUGUAGUUUUUAUUGUAUUUCCUGCUUCGUGAAGGGAGGACAGCAAGCAAAGAGAAGUGGGCUCCAAUCUAUACAGAAGAUGUAAUUCUGAGCUUUGCAGCUGAGCUUUGUCUGUCUUGUAGCCUGCUCUAGGUAAAGUGAUCUCACUACUGGGCAGCAAAUCUGUGCAGUUUGAGCCAGUCUAAAGUUCAGACAGGCAGGACAGGGGAGUGAAGCCACUUUGUGACUGACUGUUGUCCAGGCUGCUCACAGCUUGCAGAAAUGAAGGUGGUGUCAAAAGUAGGCACAGAGGAGAGAGCGGGAGAUCAAAUUCCUCCUCAGCUUCACCACAGACUUCCUGUGGGUCCCCAGCAGAACCACAUCAUCUCCUUACACCCCACUUCUGCAAGGGAGGGGUGAUUUCCUACCUCACAAAGGAGCUGUGAAGCUGAGCUCUGAGGCAUGGGUGAAGCACACUGAUGUGAACAUGACUGCAGGCACUCAGCAGCUCCCAUGGCUUUUGACUUUCCAUCCUUCUUCCAGAGCUGCCUCGAAGCAGCCUGUCCCACAUCAGGGAUGCUGCUGGGCUCGGGUCCUGCUGAGCAGUUUGCUCCCCUCUGUCCUGGUUCCUGUCAGGAGCCCUAAGGUGAGGCUUCUUGGCCCCUGGAGAUCAUGACAAAGGCAAUUUCAUUAAAGCAUUCCUCACAGCAGGAUUCUUAAAAGUUCUUUAAAAACCCCAUCAGAUACUGGUAGAUCAAACUGCCUUCAUUUCAAAUAUAUACAGAGCAGCCCCCUUUCACUGGGAUUUAAAUUAAACAGGAGAAUGGCUUAGCUGAAUCACUGCUUCCUGGAAACACCAGGUUGUUAACGUGGUUGUGUGUAUUAAGAAAAACCAUUAAUGAGACAAGGCCUGGAUGUCAGCUCAGUCAUGCAGGCCAAAACUCAUUCCCAGCAUAGUUCACACAGAGAUCACAAGGCAAAGCUUUUUCAACAGUGGCCCAGAUUCUCCUUCCAUUUAGCAUUUACAAAGACUUGCUGGAAUUAGAGCAACCAAGUGACAAUCUGAAUCAGAAUAAAUUUUGAUCAAGAAAUCCAAUUAAUACUGCAGAGGAAUUCAAACUUUUUAUCUGGAUUUAAACCCCUUCCUCCUUUUCCCUAUAAACACAACUUCACAGAUUGUAUGCUCUAAACAGACAUCAACCAAAGUUAUGUCCAUUCAAGUUACUAAUCUGCCCCAGGGUCCUUUCCCUUUAUAUGGAGACAGCUACAUUUACUUGACUUUAAACUAUGACUAAAAUAGUAAAAAAAAAAAAUCACUAUACUUAGUUAUAACAGCAGGUUUCUUCCUGAAUUUCCUGCUUAAAGAGUAAACCCAUGUCAGAAAACAUAUAAUUUAUAUCUACUCACUGUCAUUAGCAUAAUAUGUAGAUAUACUAUGAUUAUAUGUCAUAGUGUAACUGUAGUACUGGAAGAAAAUGGUUAAUAUUCCUGUAAAUCUUAUAAUAAUUAAGUUUUCCUGAGAGUUUUCUGAAAAGCUUUAGCUCAGCAUUUGUUUAUAGCUAAGUUAUAAAUAUGUUACGAACCUAAAACAUAAUUGCUGCUGGAUUUUUUUUUAACUGAAAGGGAGAGCUGGAAUAUAUAUAUAUGUAUAUAUAUAUAUAUAUAUAUAUAUAUAUAUUCAUGGAGUUGAUUGUAAAUUUCCUUCAUGCACUGAAGCACAUUAGAGUCUUGGCACAAGGAAUGGUGGUAAGUUUAUAACUGGAGUGAACGUGUUUACGAAGCCGUCAGCAGCCUGGUGCGAUAGCUGAGAUCACAGCACCACGUGGAUGUGAUGUGCAGUAUUAACUACUCCUGUCAAAGCAUCUGGACUACUGUCAUCUUGCAGCCAUGUGGUUUAAUGCCUGAGAGCUGCAGAGAUACCUGAGGGAUCCUACAAUGGGGGGAAAAGAGGUCUGAGUUGCAGUUCUACAAGACCUUUAGUGCACAGCCGCUGAUCAAAUUCAGUGUAAACCUUGAAAUGAGUGCUAAUCCCACCCCAGCUUUCCUCCUGCUGUGCUUUGUCCUCAUUUGCACACAGACCCCAUGCCCCAGACUGGGAGUUUAGGGUUGUUUCCAGCUGUGUUGCUGCAAGCUCCCAGGAGCUGACUCAGGUUUACAGAAAGCAGAUGCCUGAUAACAAGGGAUUAAAAUUAAUCCGUUUCACAACACCUGGAUUUGUUCCUGCAUUUUCCUGCAUCUCCAAGUGUUUUCUCAGGCACAUCUUGCACCUUCAUCCCUUGGUUAUUUCACAAAGCAGUUUAGGGCACUUGGCAAGUUGUAGGAUCAGAGCAAGUGUUUGUAGCAAUAUUUCACCUGUGCAUGGUAGAGUCUUUUCAGAGAUGUUCAGUAAGUUUGUUUUCUUACCAUGAUUUUGGCUAGAUACUUUUUGUAGGUAACUUUUCUUCCCCUUCUACAAUUAGAUUUUACCUCUCUAUUGCAAAAAUACCUUGUUCCUGAUAGCUAUUGAAGAAUUCAGAAGACAGCUUAAAAAAAAAAAAAUAAACUUGUAUAACAGAACCUAUAGUCAUUCUUAUCCUGCUUUUGUAGACCUAAUAACUAUGUUAGUGAGUCCCCAGUAUUUUGACUAAUAUUUGCAGGAAUAGAUGGAGAUUUUUGUCUCCCUAGCUGAGGAUCUCUUAAAGGAUGGGUGUUCAACAUUUCUGGAAGCCCAGAUCUCUUUCAAGAGGUUUCAUGAUGCAUAAAAAUCACAAAUAAGUUGAAUUUCUUAACCUUCAUCUAAGUAAUUCCAGAACUGCAUUCCCAGUCAAAGCAGAAAGUCCAUUGUGAGUUUUAAUGCCUACAGACUAAAUAGAAAUUCUUCAUCUUUAAAACACUAUUUUGUAGUAUUUGGGCCUUGAUAUUUUUUAAUCUCUUACCAAACUUUACUAGAAAUUUUUAAAAAUAAAAAUAUUGAAAGCAGGUAAACUUGAGUUAAACCUUUUAAGCUGCUAUGAUCUGUAACAAUGAUAUUGUUUAAAAAAAAAUAAAUCUAAAAUCAGCUGGUUUAAUGUUCUCAUAUUUAUGAUGUUCAAAAGCCCAACAUACAACAUACUUGAUGUGAAUGCAUUCAGUACCUUAUGUAUGACUGGUUUUUGCUUUUUGUCCCAGAGCAGGGGAAAGAUGUAAGAUCUCAUUACCAAGUGUACUUUGAGAUGUGCUAUUAAAAUGAAGAACAAAUAAAUAAAGUGAAAUAUA